AUGGCUUCUGUUGCUGUAGCCCACGGUACCAAAACCAUCACUAUCGAACCUUAUAAUAGGAAAUCUCCCUUUAAUUCUAUCCGUUUAACUCCGGUUCCUGCUCAUAAUUCCCAAACCGAUGGUAGAGAAGUGACGGAAAAAGAUUUGGUGGCUGAUGCCAGUUCUUUGAGAGCCAAAUAUUUUCCUAACCAGGAUAUUGCCGAUGUUGAAAAACGAUUCAACAUCAGAAAAUUCCAAGAAGCUGCCCCAUCCGCCCAUAAUGAUGUUCCGGUGAUCGAAUUGGACUCAAUUGAUUUUUCCAAGUAUAUUGAGGGCCCAGAAGGAUUAGAGUGCAGGAAACAAUUGGCAGCUAAACUUGAAAAGUCAAUUUCUACCUAUGGGUUUUUCAACAUCACUAAUUGGGGAUUCGAUCCAAAGAAAUUAGAGUAUUUGAGAGCUAUUUCCCAAUCAGUGCUCGAAAUUCCUGAAGAGGAUAAGUUCAAUUAUUUAGCCGGGGCUCGGCAAACUGAUUUGGAAGACAGAACCAAGUCCCUUGGCGGCGAAAGAGGCUUAGGUUUCAAACCAAGGGGAUACUGGGCCAUGCAACAUGGAGUAAGAGACUCCAUUGAACACUAUAACUUGAGAGAUAUGAACCAGGAUGAUUAUUUCUUUGAUCCUAACAGAAAGUACCCUGAUGUGGUGCGCGCUUUCUUGCCAGAACUCUCGGAAUAUUAUAAGUUUUUGCAUUUUCAGGUCUUGAGAAGAUUAUGUAACCUCUGCGAUAUCAUCUUGGAGAAGCCAGAAGGUUUUUUGUGGGAAAACUACUUCAAAGUUUAUAAAAACGACUUGAAAAACUCUGGAACCGGUUUUGGCAGAUUGAUGCAUUAUUUGGGAAUGACCGAGGAUGAAGAGAAACUUACCAAUAAGACUUGGUUGAGAGGACAUUCUGAUGGUACUGCUUUUACAUUUAUUACUUCGCAACCGAUUUUAUCAUUACAAAUUAGAGAUUACUACACUGGUCAAUGGAGAUAUGUUGGACACAAGCCUAAUGCCUUGAUUGUUAACAUUGGUGAUGCCAUGGAAUUUAUCACUGGCAGCUAUUUCAAAUCUUCUAUUCAUCGAGUCAUCUCUCCACCAGAAGACCAAAAGAAAUUUGAAAGAUUAGUAUUGAUUUAUUUCCAAACCCCAAAGUUGACUUCUGUUAUUGAUCCAGAUUCUCUCAACUCUCCAAAAUUGCAAAGAUUAGGAUAUAACACCCCAGAGGAAUGGGAAAAAUGUACAUUUGCAGACUGGGAUGAGGAAAAAGGUCGUUUAUUUGGUCGCAAAGAUGUCAAUGAUGUCCAAGGUGAUGAACCUCUAUUGGUAAAAAUUUUUGGAAGAUAUCACGAGAGAUGGUGGCAAGCUGUCAAAGAAAAUUAA